AGAAAAUGUUCUUCAUCAUAUAUUUCAAUUGAAGAUUCUUAAUACCUUACGAAUCGUUGAUUCUAGUCUUCGGUUCUCCAAAUGGAAGAAUCUACGUCAACAAGUUCCGGCGCACCACUCGCCGGAGCUUCUACUGAUCCUGCGUUUAUGGUUCCCUGUGAUUCCAGCAGCGCCACCUCCUCUGCGUCAAUCGGCAUCACUCAAGCUUUUCAUUUCACUUCUGGAAACCCUCGAAUUGAAGAGACCAGAGGCGUGAUGCAUCUUUUCAUCGACGAUCUCUCCUCAUCUUCAUCCAAAUUACCUGUUGAAAGGAAGACUCUUCUUUGUGUACUUGGAGUUCCCAACCAUAUGACAUAUGCAGACUUCUGUCAAUUUUGUGGUUCUUUUAUUCAACAUAUGCUGGAAAUGCGAAUUGUCAGAAAUGAUGGAGUUGAUGACCAGUAUAGUGUAUUGAUAAAAUUUGAUGAUCAGAGCUCUACAGAUGCUUUCUACCAGCAUUUCAAUGGCCGACUUUACUCAUCUUUGGAGGUCGAGGCUUGCCGAGUACUUUUCACAGUUGAUGUGCAAUACACUGAGUCAAUUGAACAUGUGCAGACUUCUGCUGCAACUUCUACAGAGCAGAACUCCUGCCCGGUGUGCCUUGAGAAGUUGGAUCAAGAAACUGGUGGAAUUCUCACGACAAUCUGCAAUCAUUCAUUCCAUUGCUCUUGUAUCUCCAAUUGGACAGAUUCUUCUUGUCCUGUGUGCAGAUAUUGCCAACAGCAGCCUGAAAAGUCUAAAUGUUUCAUUUGUGAGACUUCUGAGAACCUCUGGAUGUGUGUCAUCUGUGGCUUUGUUGGUUGUGGCAGGUAUAAAGGAGGACAUGCUGAACAACACUGGAAAGAAACAGAACAUUGUUACUCCCUUGAAUUGGAAACACGCCGUGUAUGGGACUAUGCUGGGGACAACUAUGUGCAUCGCCUUAUUCAAUCGAAAACUGAUGGGAAAUUUGUUGAAUUAAACGAGCGUUGUACACAUGCUGAUGGUAGUUCAUGUGGUGGUUUCGACUGCAAAUUAGAUGCUGGGCUAAGUGAGGUUAUCUUGGACAGUCGAGUUGAAGCUAUUGUGCAAGAGUACAAUGAACUUCUUACUACACAACUUGAGAGUCAAAAGAAGUAUUUCGAGUCUAUGCUACAAGAGGUUGAAGAUGAAGUGGAAAGAAAGAUAUCUGAAGCUGUAAAAGACAAUCAAAAGUUGCAGAGGAUGCAAACCAAACUGGAUUCAUGCAUUGAAGAGAAACAAUUUCUUGACGAGAUAAAUGGAAGUGUAAAGGAAAACCUGGAGAUACUCAAAGCUAAGAUGGUGAAAACAAAGGAAUGGGAAGCAAAAACUUUAAAACUUCACGACGAAAAACUACAAGAAUUGGAGGAUCAGUUGAAGGAACUGAUGAUUAGCCUUGAAAUGGAUAAUGAAGUAGUAGAAUAGAGUUGAGAAUUUACACAAUAUAUGCAUCAAAGCUACUAAAAACUAUAGCAUUUUUCUUCAUUCUAUAUUUCCAUAAUAGAACAAGUUGUUGUUUUUGUUUGAAAAACGCGAAGAUUGUCGACCCUAUUGUGGAAUUCCAUCUUCUCCUCGUUUUAAUAUGCUUAAUGUUUGGUCCAUUA